GGCCAGUUGUUGUGCUUCACAUUGGGAGAAACGCAGCUCUGCAGAGGUGUGGGAUUAUCUGGACAUGGCAACCAGCGCUUCCUUCCAAAAGAUUGGAGUUGUAGGUUACGGACAUCUAGGGCAGUACCUGGUGGAGAGGAUCCUUAAAGAUGGAGCUGCUCUCGGUCUAACACUGGCUUUCGUUUGGAACAGAAAUUUUGACAAGCUCAAAGGUUUAGUUCCUGAUGAACUCAUACUUGGUGACCUAUCAUCCUUUGCAGAAAGGCGAUGUGAUGUGAUUGUAGAAGUGUGCCAUCCGCAGAUAGUGAAAGAAUUUGGGCUUCACUUCCUGUCUAAGUCUCACUUAAUGGUGGGUUCUCCCUCUGCCCUCUCAGACCCUGCUCUGAAUCAGAAGCUGCGUCAGGUGGCUCAGCAGUAUGGUAGGACACUCUACGUCCCCAGUGGUGCAUUAUGGGGAGGCCAGGACAUCCAGAGGCUAAAUGAUAGUGGAGCCUUGAAGGCUUUAUUUAUAAGAAUGUCCAAGCAUCCAUCCUGCUUCCGUCUGACAGGAGACGUCCUCUCUGAUUGGACGGAGGAAGAGGGCAGGCGUGUUUUAUUCAGAGGCUCAGUGGCAGAGUUGUGCCCACUUGCUCCAAACAAUGUUAACACCAUGGCAGCAGCAGCAGUGGCAGCAGGAACACUCGGCUUUACGGGUGUUCAGGGAGAGAUUGUGUCUGACACAGCGUUAAGUGAGUAUCAUGUGGUGGAGGUGGAGGUGACUGGGCCCGGUGGCUUCUCAGUACACACAGUAAGGAGGAAUCCAGCCAAACUCGGAGCAGUAACCGGCAGUGCAACAUACAACUCCUUCUGGAAUAGUUUACUAGUUUGCAAAGGUCAUGGUGGCCGAGUUUACUUGUGCUGAAGCAGACGAGAACUCUGCAGGAUUACCUACAACACAGCAAAACAAGCCAGAUAAAUCAGAUGGUUUAUAGUGGGUGUGUUGUGUGGAUGGUGUCACUGGAUCAGUAUGUUACAAAGAACUUGAAAACCCACAGACCUUGGAUAUUUGUGUUCCAAUAAACUGCAUGCAUACAAAGAA